UUUGUCUUUUUUGACCUGUUCGCAGUUACUAACUGCGAACAGCCCUAAACCUUAGGUCUGGAAGUUUCACGCUCAGUUUUUGAAAUAGUUUGAUUUUUCGGUUAUUCAAUUCAUUUUUUUUUUCGCUCAGCUUUUUCAAAAAUUCGUUAAUGAUGUUAUCAUGUAGGAGUACUGGAGUAGUGAGACUAAUGACUAGUGAGCCCAUGAUGGCUAACAAACUUGAGGUGGCCCAGGCCCAGCCCUUACUAUCAGUAUUAGGAGUAUACUUUUAGCUAUGUAUUGUAAUUUGUAAAAUUGUAUUGAUAUGGAUGACUAUUGGAACUGAUAGAUCGAUUCAUGUAGCCGAUUUCUUUUGGAAUUACGUCUCUGGCAUGUUGGAUUGUAAUUUUUUAAGUUCGGUAGCAGCUACAAGACAAUUUAUGGGAAAUUGAACUUUUUUUAGUAGAGGAUAUAGGAAUGAAAAUGGUGUAACACAUUGAAAUAGGGUUUGAGUUAUUGAAUAAUGAAAUGAAGGACCGACGUACGGAUGCAUUGUAUGUCCACACAAUGUUGUGAGUAGUAAUUGUGUUUUGCUUACAAAUGGAGGAUGAAGCAACGUAAUAGUCAGUCAAGUCAAGGAUUACGUAUAUCAAGUUGCGUAGUAGACAAUUGGUUUGAGCCUGAGGAGAUGGAGCAGGUACAAGUUACAACAACUCGGUUUUCAUUUCAACUAAAACUACUUCUAUUGAGAAGAGCAAUUGACAAAUGACAGUACGUACGUCUGGCCUGUGGGCUGUUGAACAGGAAUAGGAAUAGGAAUAGGAACGAGAAAACACUCGCGGUCUUCUCCAAUCUCCGGUUCUCCUCUCCACUAUCAAACACGACGCCUUUUGUGUGUUGAUUUUAUAUUAAAUUAAAUGAACUGUUUUCCACUACUGUUGAAGAGUAUUUUUGUUUCUGUAUACUCCAGUUGGUUGUUCUUAUUAGAGCUUUAUCAACUAUUGUUGGUCAAAUUCCAUGUACACAAGGUCGGAGUUGUUGAUUGGUCAAUACUGUGACACCUCUUACUUUUUUUUUUAUCUUUUUAAAUUAUUCUUCUUGUUUUUAUUUCAUCCACUCAUUUAUUUUGGGAAAUUUUGUUUAAAAUAAUUCCACCUAUUGUCCAUCUGAUAUGAAUAAUUCUACUUAUGAUUAUUUCUAAAUAAUCCAAUCUUUGUGUAUUAUUUGCUGACAACAUCUUUUCACAUUUUAACCAGCUAUUAAAGACACCUACCACUCAAGAGGAGUAAAGUUAGAACAACGAAAAAGCAUAAGGGGGAAGAAGUGAGUGUAACGGCUGAUAGGUACCUACAAUAGCAUGUUAAAAUAUAAAAAGGGAUGCUGUCAUCAAAUAAUAUACAAAGGUUGGAUUAUUUAGAAAUAAUCAAUAGUAGAGAUUAUUUACAGCAGAUGGAUAAUAGUGGGAUUUACUUAUCUAGGUAUUUUUUGCAUGGGGUACUCAUUUAUUUAUCCCUAGUUUCUUGCAUAUUAGAAUAUGACAAAACAAAAUGUAAGCAUCUGCUUAUUAUUUACAUGUUCACUUGCAAAUCCAUGAUACUUAUAUAGGUUGGCUAAACAUUCUAAACCGCAUACCAUCUUUUUGAGUUAUAAUGUUGUAUAUAACACAAUUAUUUGAUCAAAUGAUUUUCUUUGCAUAAGCUGGUUUUGGUGCAAUUAACAAAAACGCUAUUUUCUUGUUUCUUCAUGCCCCAUGAACGAACAGUCGAAUUUAGGAGAAGGGAAUACUACUGAGAGUAUUUCUUUUUCUUUUUCAUUAAUAAUUCCCUGAAGAAAUGGUGAGUUAGUGGGUGAGAGAAGUGGCUUUGGCUUUAGGAGGAGGAGGAGGAGGAGUAUACUUACUGCAAACUCAACAUCAGAGUGUCUUAACUGUCAAUUCCAAUCAUUAUGGGAUUGGGACCAAAUUUGGAAACCUCCUUGGUAUUUAACUUACUUUCCCCCUUUGUUUUUAUAACUUAUCUUGGUUUUAAUAUUUGUCUCACCACUCAUCUCAAGAGACACCUCUGAUGCCAUUAGGAGUUGGGACAGCCUAAUUAAGGAAUAACUUAAUGUCUUAAUUGAGCCUAUUAAGGGUAAUCAUAUUAAUUAACUAUUCUUAUCUGCAAAAGCUGUUCAUUAUUUGGUCAUGCUUGUUGAGCAAAUUUCCUUUAUUUUAUUUACUAAUAAUAUAAUCACUUCUAAUAAGUCCUAACCUAAUAAUAGUUUUCAGUGAUAAUAUUAACAAUCCUCCUUGUUUUGCUUCCUAAUAUGUCGAUAAGUAGUGAUUACAUAUAAAAUUAUUUUUGCUAUUUUUUAAUGAUACUUUUAGCUGUUAUGCUGGAGUAAGCUAUAAUUAAUUGGUGGGGAAUAACAUUUAUAAUUGAAAAAUGAAAAUUAAAGGACCCUGACCCUUGGGGGUAAAUUCAUCAACUUUAUGGUUGCUUAAUGUUGUAUUCAACCUAGUAAAAUAAAAAGGAUGAAUAAAAUGAAGUGAUGAAAAGUGGAAUGAGAUGACAAUAUGACAUGUGGAUGUUAUGGAAACUCACAUGGUGGCUAAAUAUAGGAGGAAAAAGGGACAAUUAAAUACUUCAGUUAUUGGCAUGAUUAUGAAUGUAAAUAAAAGGUAGCUAUGGUCUGAGGUUCUUGGAUAAAGAAUACUAGUAUAUAUGCUCCCAUCAGCUUAACAUACAAGGACAAGUAAGCUAAUAAGAAAUGAGUUGUCACUUUCUUAUUGGUCAUAGAUGGGGACAUGGAAUAUGGCUGGCACGACUUCGUCCAAGAGUCCAUCUGCUUUUCUGCCUUCACUCCCUCUUUAAUCUUUAUUCAUUAAUUAGAUCUAACUCAUAUAUAAACCCUUUCCUCUCUUUGAAUUUUAAUAAUUGCUUCUUAACUGAUUCUUGUCUUAUCUAAUACAAGUUGCUUGCUUGCUUAUACUUUCCUUGCUUUUCUUUAUUUUCUCUUUGAAAUUCUUAUUCUUGUGAAUAUAUACAACCUCCUUUGCUGCUGCAUGGAGGAUCGCUGUUUAGAGUUGGAAAACUCCAUGCAAACAAAGAUGCCACCUCACUUUGCUUUAGAUGAAAUUGUAUCCAAGUCUCAUCUCUUGGGUGGUGAUAGUGAAUCCAAUUCUUGUACAAAUGACUUCAAUUCAUUAUCCUUUACACAGAUAGUAGGUUGUAACCAAUUUGAACCCACUUGUGAAUACACAAAACAUAAUUUGAUCCUAGACCACAAUACUGCAACUGUUACUAGUUCUGGCCUUGAUUUUACAUUUCCAAGAGCCUCUACUUUUGUUAAUUUUUUCAAGUCUUCUGCACUUACUGAUCCGCUUAGUCAAACAUCCCCUGAUUCUGCUGCUGCUACUCCUACCAACCUUUCUGGCUUAACCUUGUCCGAACCACUUGGCCGCUCUACUCAUGCUUUUCUAGCUGAUCCCUUGCUACAGUGUGGCCAUAAUCAAUACCUUCCAGAUGGUCGGGAUCAAUGGUUAAGAAUGAGCGAGGACUAUUCAUUAAAAGUUGGGAGUAAUGAAUUUAGACUGAGUCCUACUAAGACUCGGCCAAUGAAGAAAUCCACUGGAAGAAAGCUGCAGAACUUGCUCCACUCUCACAAGAGCUCAUCGCCUACAGGAUCUUCUUCAUCAGCAGCAUCGGGAAAGUUGUAUAGGGGAGUACGACAAAGGCACUGGGGAAAGUGGGUAGCUGAGAUCAGAUUACCAAGAAACAGAACAAGGGUGUGGCUUGGGACAUUUGACACAGCAGAGGAUGCUGCUUUUGCUUAUGAUACUGCUGCUUAUAUGUUGAGAGGAGAAUAUGCGCAUCUAAAUUUCCCAGAUCAGAAGCAUCUACUCAAGACUAAUUCCUUAAAUGGAGCUACAGCUGCCCUUCUUGAAGCAAAGUUGAAAACCAUAUCUGAACAAAAUGGAUUGAAUUCCCUGAAAAAAACAGGGGAUCUUAUUCCACCGUCAUCCUUGCUAACAAAUAACAUGUCGGAUCCUAAUUCGACUGCAAGCAGAUCGUCCAGCCUAGUUUCGAUGAGGAAAGAAUGGCAAUUUGAGUUGGAGGGUAAAAUGAUUGGAAGCUCUCAGAUGAUUGAGAUUAACAAAAGAAGCCUUACUGAAGCUUCAUCAGAUCCGAGUCUUGAUGCAGUCCAGUUAAGUAGAAUGCCUUCCUUAGACAUUGAUUCCAUCUGGGAUGCUCUUCUGCUUUCUGAUACUACAUGAACACAAUUUUAUUCAAAAAAAAUUUAUAAAUUCUGUGUCUUAUUUUGAGUCAAAUAACUUGUGUUUUUCUUUCUUUGAUAGUUAUACGUGUUUUCACAUAAACAUGGAUUUGUAGCAUAAUUAUUACGAUUCUUAUGAAACGAGAUUUCUCCAU